AUGAGGCAAGGAGAACUUAUUCAUUCUUCACAAGGUUGUGAAGACUUGAUUUUUCAUGAUCCAGAUGAUUAUUGGGUUGUACCUCAAUCUCAAUUGGUUAUCUCGCGUCAAGCUUUUCGCAAUAAUGCUAGCAA